AUGGACGGUCAGCUCCGACUUCCACUUGAAAUCUGGGGCCUGGUCGUCGAAUUACUGCCUAAAGAAGACCAAAAGACGUGUCUCUUCGCAUCGCGAGUUCUCGGCAACGUUGCUCGCGCCCGUCUGUUUUCCCAUGUAACCAUACUAUUUGGCCUAUGGAGACCAUUUGGGGCGGAACACAAGGACGAUGCCGCAGCGGCGGCAUACUUGAAUGAGAUCGAUCAACUCAGCACGAGCAGCUGGGAGAUCAUGCGCUACAUCCGGCGCGACGCUGAAUUCGCAAAGCUGAUCAAGAAGCUGUCUGUUCGAGCUCACGUCCCCGCCGGGACGGGUACAUAUGAGCGUCAUUGUCUCAUCGAGACCCUCGAAUCGCUGCCCAGUUUGACGUCGUUCGUCUACCACGGCAUGUUCCCGCUGUUACAGCCCGAAACUAUUGAUGCGCUGGCGAACACUUGCGGCUCGGUAUUGACCGAGUUCCGUGCGCCAGUUUUGGGCGGACGCAACUGGCUGGGUCCCGCCUUCUUCGCAAAAUUCACCAAACUCGAGAAGCUGGUGUUAGUGAAGGAGCCUUACGAAGACACCCCCGCACGCGGCGACAACUGGGCCGCCCGCGCCUGUAUCGAGAAGGUCGCCGAGAUGCGCAAGCUCCGGUCUUUGCACGUCGGCGGCGAAGCGAUCUGGGCGCUGCCCGUGCGACCCUUCGCGUACCUGCGCGAGCUCGUCAUACAGGAGCCGGAAAACCUGGGCGCGAUCGGGCUUGUCCUGCGCCACUGCAGCCCGCAGCUCCAGUCGCUCUCGCUCGUCCUCGACAACCUCUGGGUGGAAAAGUACCUGAACGCGGCGUUCGACUCGGACCCCAAGGCGCUGCCGAACCUGCGGUCGUUCAAGCUUGUGAUGCACGGCGACAGCUUCAACCGGUACCCGUCCGACGUCUCGGACUUCCUCACGAACAAGAAGCAUCUGCGGCGGUUGGACGUCGACUUGAACAUGGACCCCGCCGACGCGGGCGUGUACCCGCAGUUCUUCGAGCUGCUGCCCGAGCUUCCGGAGCUCGAGGUUCUCGGCGUAUCGCUCUCCGGAUACGAGUUCACUAGCGAGAAGCUGAAGCGGCUCGACGGGAAGCUCCCGCUCGGUCUGACGGCGCUUCUCAUCCACUUCGACUUCGAGAUCAACGACGUGUCUGCGCGCGAGUGGAUGGAUGUGUUCCGGAAACGCGAGUCUUUGCGGUACCUGCACAUCCUGGACAACCAUCGGACACUCGACCUCAAGCAGCAGCUGCUCGAGGACCAUCCUGCGCCGCUCGAGCUGGUAGGGUACGGCCCGCAUCUGCGCUGGAUCGAGCGUGACCCCGAGACCGGUCUGCCUGCGUACUCGCCGCGGUGGUCGGACGCGAAGGUCAGGUUCCGCGAAGUCGAAGACUUCGGGUGCGAGGACUGGGAGUGGCUGUUGAGAUACCACGAUUGGGGCGAGCUCAAUAGUCUAUACCCGGGGUUGCCCCGAGAGGCAGAUGCACUCGCUUGA